GCGGCAUUUUCAAGUGUGCUACGUACGUAUAUUGGGUGAUUUUAUCCGCAACGCAACCAUAUCUUUUCAAAUUACAAUAUGACUUGGCAAUUACAAUGCAUAACGAUCGGUGCCCUGGCAUCUGUCAACUACUUAUACAAUAUAACGUUUUUUUCUUUUCAAUAAAUUUCUUUGAACACGUACCACUUUUAACGUCGAUUGCACUUGUCGUGUGGUGUGUUAUAUAAAUAACGGCGAGCACAGACGUUUGGGGUUAGAUCAAAUGUGUGUCAAAAGUUGAAGCAAAAUUAGAUAAAUCGGUGUGUAUUAAAGCGAAAAGUAGACAGUUCGGCGUGUAUUUAUAUGUCCGUUUCAAAAAGCGAACAUAGUCCGUUCUCCCCUCAAUGGGUCAACCGGAAAUUAUAUACGCUCAUGUUAGUCAUAUAUACACCCAGAGAAUUGAACACAGAUUCUCCAUUGGUCAUUGACGAUUCGGGAUCUGAAAUUAAAGUACAGGAAUCGAUCACAGAUUGCAAUAAAUCAUGGUUACUUUUGGGUUUAAAACAGAGUGGUUUCGGAAAAGGACGAUGGAACGGAUUUGGUGGUAAAGUCGAAUUAAGUGAUGCGAACCCAAAAGCUGCUGCACUUCGAGAACUGAAUGAGGAGUCUGGUUUAACACUUGAUGAGUCUUCCGUUGACGAAGUUGGUCGUCUAUGGUUUACUUUCGCUGAGACACUGGAGUGUAUGGAAGUAUAUGUGUUUAUCUGCCGAACAUGGACACCUACAUUUAAUGGUCAUACGGUUAAAUGGCCUUGUUAUACAGAAGAAAUGCAUCCAGCUUGGUUUCCACUUAUAAUGAAUAAAGAUAAUACAAUAAAUACAUCAUCUUUACCAUGGGAACAUAUGUGGCCUGAUGAUUUGUUAUGGGUUCCUGAUAUACUUCAAGGAAAUCUUAUUCUAGCUUGGUUUCAUUAUCUUCGGCUUUCUAAUCUAUCGAUUACAAAUAGUCAAAAUUUAAUUGAUCGUUCAACGGAAACUAAUGGGAUCUCUAUUGACUUAUAUGAAAUACCAGCUUAUCAUUUGGAAUCAUUUACUACUGAUGAAAAUGAGUUAUUGUCUGCUGAUAAAAAUAACGAUUGUAAAUUAUCCAGUGUUCAACGAAUUAUUGAUCGAUUGGAUUUAGACAAGAAUGAUAAUAAUUUAAGAUUAUGGAUGAGUUCAUCAUUAUAUGAUAAUGAAUUUGUUGUAUCUCCUUUGAUACUUCAGAAAAUUUUACAUUAUCCCAUCUGAUUAAAACAAUUUGAUAUUUUAAAUUAGAAUAAAUUUUGAUAAAAAAUAUUAUUUUGAUAAAUUUAUUUUGUCAUUCUUUUUUUUUUGCCUGACUUCAUUGAAAUAAAUAGCUGUAGUAGUCAUAGUAAUAGUAUAGUGUUAUUUGCAAUGUUUGUGGUAGUAAUAGUAGUAUUAGUGAGAAAAAAAUGGAUUGUUAAAUUGAUUAAUUGUGAAAAACAAUAUUAUCAUUGAUUGAUUAAUUUUACCUUUUGUGUGUGUGUGUGUGUGUGCGAAAUCAGGUAUAUUUCUUGUCAAAUUUUCAUUGUAAAUUUAUCAAUCAGUUUUUCUGAUUAUCAAACUUACAGUGAUGUAUAUUUAUGGUCGAAUUAAUUUUAAAUCCAUUUAGUAAAAUAAACUUGUGUUGUAUAGAGCUCUUAAGACUAUCGUCCUUAGUGAAGCAUAAGCUCCUGAUCAAAAUAUCAAUAAAACUGCAUCAAAUUUUAUUGGCACAUGUUUUACUUUCAACUCGAUUGUGCUUAGACAUAACAUUACUAACUGAUAUCAUCUUCGGCACGUCUUCCAAUCAAUUGAUUAUAAACGUAUGAUACGAAAAUAAUUGACUAGAAUUUAUUAGACAUACAUUUAAUCAACCAUAAACCUGAUGGAGUCUUACACCAACGCAGAUUGAUUCAAGUUACUACACCAUAUCUGCUCCAUAAAUCUGUUAGGUAGUCGGAAAAAUAGACCAAUAAUUAUUAUGUUAAGUCCAAUGGUGUCCUUGGACCUUAAAUGUACAUUUCCCAUUGGUCGAUAUUUAUUUAACGUGUUAUUUUCCUGUUGGCCAAUAUUGUAUAAUGUUCUUUUCUACUUUGUGGUACGUUGUGGUCUGCUUGACUAGUAUAUAAACAAAGUAUGUUUGAAAUAUAAUGAUUCAUAACCCAGA